AUGAAAAUCUGCAUGCUCUGGCUCAUCUCUUUAUUCACACUCACUGACGGCCGGGAAGGCUUCCUGGGGAGAAAUGAAGACAUCAAAACAAAAAGAGGAAUCAUUGUGAAUAAGAAAAAGCAUCCAGGCUCAGUCCAGGAAUAUGAGCUGCUGCUUCAAGUGGCCUACAGAGAUUCCAAGGAGAAGAGAGACUUGAGGAAUUUUCUGAAGCUUUUGAAGCCUCCAUCAUUAUUGUUACAUGAACCAAUGAAGAUUCUCAGAGCAAAAGCUACCACACACUGUGGGCACCAGAAUGGGGUCCUGCAGUGUUUCUGUGAGGAUGGCUACACCUGGUUCCCUCCUUCAUGCCUUGAUCCCCAGAAAUGCUACCUUCACACGACCGGAGCCCAGCAGAGCUGUGACUGUCAUCUCAACAACCUCACCCAGAGCAUCAAUUUCUGUGAGAGAGCAAAGGUUUGGGGCACUUUCAAAAUUAAUGAAAGAUUUACCAAAGACCUUUUGAAUUCAUCUUCUCCUUCAUAUUCCAAAUAUACAACUGGAAUUGAAAUUCAACUUAAAGAAGCAUUCAAAAGAAUUCAAGAUUUUGAGUCAGUUCAUGUCACCCAAUUUCGAGAUGGAAGCAUCAUUGUUGGGUUUGAAGCUGUGGGUUCCAGCAGCACAUCUGAGCUGCUGUCAGCCAUUGAACAGGUGGCUGGGAAGGUGACGGCAGGCCUUCAAAAGCUCUUCCCACUAGAAGAUGGCUCUUUCAGAGUAUUUGGAAAAGCCCAGUGUAACAGCGUUGUCUUUGGAUUUGGGUCCAGGAACGAUGAGUAUACUCUUCCCUGUAGCAGUGGCUACACUGGAAACAUUACAGUCAAGUGCCAGCCCUCUGGGUGGCAGAUCCUCAGGGAGAUGUGUGUACAUUCUCAGUUGGAAGAACUGAGGAAGAAUUUCAGUGUGAUUACAGGCAAUGCCACCGAGGCAGCUGUGUCAUCUUUGGUGCGAAAUCUGUCAGUCAUCAUUCAGCAAAACCCAUCAACUACAGCUGGCAAUCUGGCUUCAGUGGUGUCCAUUCUGGACAGUGUCUUGUCUUUGUCACUGUCAAGGCAUUUCAAGGUGUCCAAUUCAACCAUGGAGGAUGUCAUCAGUAUAGCUGACCACAUCCUUAAUUCCAAAGCAGUAACCAACUGGACGGUGUUAAUGCGGGAAGAACAGAGUGCCAGUUCACGAUUACUGGAGACCCUGGAAAACAUCAGCAGCCUCGUACCUCCGACAGCUCUGCCUCUGAGUUUUUCUCGGGAAUUCAUUCACUGGAAAGGGAUUCCAGUGUCCCAAAGCCAACUUGAGAUGGGUUAUAGCUAUCAUGCUGAAAUGUUCUCCCCAAAUACUUCCAUUCCCAUCAGGGGCCAUGUGUUAAUUGGGUCAGACCAAUUCCGGUGGUCCCUUCCAGAAACUAUUAUCAGCAUAGCCUCGUUGACCCUGGGGAAUAUUCUAUCCAUUACCAAAAAUGGAAAUGCUCAGGUCAAUGGGCCAGUGAUAUCUAUGGUUAUCCAAAACUAUUCCAUACAUGAAGUUUUCCUGAUUUUUUCCAAGAUAGAGUCAAAUCUGAGCCAGCCUCACUGUGUCUUUUGGGAUUUUAGGCACUUGCAAUGGAACAAUGCAGGCUGCCAGCUAAUGAAUGAAACUCCAGACACGGUGAUGUGCCGAUGUACUCAUUUGACCUCCUUCUCCAUACUGAUGUCACCCUUUGUCCCCCCUGCCAUCAUCCCCGUUGUGAAAUGGAUCACCUAUGUGGGGCUGGGCAUCUCCAUCGGAAGUCUCACCCUAUGCCUAACCAUCGAAGCUCUAUUUUGGAAACAGGUCAAGAAAAACCAAACCUCCUACACACGUCAUAUUUGCUUGGUGAACAUAGCCCUGUGCCUCCUGAUUGCUGAUGUGUGGUUUGUCAUUGCUGCCACUGCAGACUCUACCGUGAGCUUCUCUGGAGUCUGCAUAGCUGCAGUGUUUUUUAUGCACUUUUUCUACCUCUCCCUGUUCUUCUGGAUGCUCAUGCUCGGCAUUCUGCUGGCUUAUCGGAUCCUCUUUGUAUUCCACCACAUGACCCUGCAUUUGAUGAUGGCCUUUGGGUUCUGCCUGGGCUAUGGAUGCCCUCUCAUCAUCUCUGUCAUCACCAUUGCGGUCACGCAACCUCACAAUGGCUACAAAAUGAAAGAUGUAUGUUGGCUUAAUUGGUCUGAUAAGAGCAAACCCCUCUUGGCCUUUGCUGUUCCUGCACUGACUAUUGUGGCUGUGAACUUGGUUGUGGUGCUAUUAGUUCUCAUGAAGCUCUGGAGGACCCCUGUUGGAGAAAGGCUGAGUCAGGACAACAAUGCCACUGCUGUCCGCAUGGGGAGGAGCCUCCUCAUCCUGACCCCUCUGCUGGGGCUCACCUGGGGCUUUGGCAUAGGGACAAUAGUGGACAACCGGAAUCUGGCUUGGCAUGUUAUUUUUGCAUUACUCAAUGCAUUCCAGGGUUUUUUCAUCUUAUGUUUUGGAAUGUUCUUGGAUAGUAAGCUGCGGCAAUUGCUGUUCAACAAAUUGUCUCCUUUAAGCUCUCAGAAGCAAGCGUCAAAGCAAAACUCAACAGAUGUAUCUGCCAAACCCAAACUCCCAAAGCCCUUCAACCCAUUGCAACACAAAGGCAUUUAUGCCCUUUCCCAGACUGGAGAAUCCUCAAAUGACAUCCCGCUAACUCAGUUUUUAUCCACUGAAUAAGGCUGCAAACCAUAGAAUCGAGGGACAUGUUUUGGUGCAACUUGACAUUUAGAGCUAAAUGUUAGUGAAAAAAUUAGCUCAAUAUUAGUUGGAAUUUUCUGAUGUGGACUUCUGGAAUAAAAUGAGAAGGUUUCAGCAGCUCCAUCACAGUUUUUUUUUAAUCUUCAUUUAAACGGAACUGUUUAUUUCCCUGUGGUUUGAUUCAAAGAAUUCGCUUCAUAAAUGUUAGAAAGUCAGCUUUAUUGGAAAUUGCGUCUGUUGUCCCAGCUUUUCAUUGCCACAGACUACAGUUUCCUUUUUCAUGAAAUAGCAUUAUUCCUGUGGCAUUCCCAGUCAUCUGAACUGCAGUCAGAAAACGUCAUGAAAUCGCCCGAGAUAAUUGGAUGACCCAUGUUCGCUUCCUAUCAAAAAGUUAUUGGUACAAAUUUCCUAGAGAAGAAGCAUUUCUCUCUCAAAAUUUCCAGUUGGAUUUUAUGCUUUUAUUUUUUUUAGGUUUAGUUACUUACCUUUGAACUUAAUCACAAAUAAUAAAAGGAAAAAAUUGAUUGUGCACAGCUUUGUAGCCAUUAGUUCAGAAGUAUAAUGAUAUGAUUUCGUAUGUGAGCAGUGCUUUUCAGUCUCCAAGGUGUUUUCAUCUGGCCUCCAGUCCAGCGAAGUGAGGUGUCCAGGCAGAUCUAGAGCAGAGAUGAGGAAACGGAUGCUCAUCAAGGUGGAGACUGUGCAGCCAGUAAAGGGCGCUGAGGGCUUUUAGGGCUUUUGGUUCUGAGUACAGUUCAAUGGCCCAUAACAGCCUUGGAAAUCACCUUCAACCCUACCAACAGUUACAAGGUCAGAUAUGAGGUUCAUUCCUCCCAGAAUUCUCUCUGUGUAACAGGCAAAUUGUGGAGAAGUUUGGUUGUCACUUUUUGGGGAGAUAUCCUAACGUAUCCUGGUUUUCUUUCAUAACCACUGUAAGUACUUCUGGGGUUGUUUACAUGUAGACCCAAUGCCACUCUCAGAUGGAGAGCAGCAGGUGGACAGAUACCACCUGAAGUGACAUUUCCUUUCCAUUCUUUCACCCUUUGGGCUUACCAGAGUUUCAACCCUGACUACUGAGCCUAGAAGGACUGAGCCCUCUCUGACUCAUCCCUGCUUCCAGAAAUCUUAGAAAUCCUAAAUAUCAGCAUGGGCAGAUUUCUUUCAACAAUAAUUGUGAGGACAAUGGUGAUGGUGAUGAUAAUGGGAAGAAGUCAAAGAAGAAGAAACAACGGGAACACUGUAAACUAGAUAACAGUGAAGAAUGGUUUCAAACUGUUGAGAAGAAAUUAUUGCAACCCAGAAGCAAUUAAGUGUGAGGAAGAAUAAAGAUAACUUCAGUCACGGAAA